UUUCAUUUUCAUAGAGAAGACUGCAGGAAAAAGAAAAGAUUGAAAGAACUUCAAAUCAAGAAAUAAAAAUAAAGAUUACUUUUGUUUGUGCUGUUAAUUAAAACAACAGACCGUUAUGCUGCUAUAAAUACAUUUUAACAGGACAGUAUGGAUAAUAUUAUAUCAUGGACCGCUGAAGAUGAGGCCAUCAUCGGCACCAACACCGAUGCCACUGAAUGCAAGCGAUGUGCGGUAGAAUUGGGCUACUGGAAGGAUGACUAUAUAAAGUAUUUCGUAAAACAUGUGGACAGGAAAGCGCCCGAAAUCAAUCGAGGGUACUACGCCAGGGUGCGCGCAAUGGAGAUGUUUAUCAAUCAAUUCUUAGAGCGCUGUGGCACAAAAUGCCAGAUCAUAAACUUGGGCUGUGGUUUCGACACUCUGUUCUGGAGGUUAAAAGACACCACACAGGCUGUGGGCAACUUUAUAGAAUUGGAUUUCCCAGCUGUCACAGCAAAGAAGUCACAUAUAAUUAAAAGAAAUAAACAGCUGAUGCAGAAGAUUGCUAACGAAGACAGCGAGGUGGUGAUCCACGAGGGCGACCUGCACUCGGACGGCUAUCACCUGGUGGGCUGCGACCUGCGCUGCCUCGGCGAAGUGCGUCGCAAGCUGGCGGCCGCGAGCUGCUCGCGCGACGCGCCCACGCUGCUGCUGGCCGAGUGCGUGCUCGUGUACCUGCGGCCCGACGCGGCCGACGCGCUGCUGCGGCACUUCGCGGCCGAGUUCCCGCGCUGCGCGCUCGUCGUGUACGAGCAGUGCAACCUGGGCGACAAGUUCGGCGAGGUGAUGGUGCGCAACCUGAGCGCGCGCGGCUGCUCGCUGGCGGGCUGGCGCGGCUGCGGGCCGCCGGCGGCCACGGCGGCGCGGCUGCGCGCGCUGGGCUUCGCGGCGGCGCGCAGCUGGGACAUGCAGGCCGUGUGGCGCGCGCUGCCCGAGGACGACCGCGCGCGCGCCGAGGCGCUGGAGAUGCUGGACGAGCGCGAGCUGCUGCUGCAGCUCAACACGCACUACGCGCUCAGCGUGGCCACGUGCGGCGACAUCUUCGCCGACAUCGACCUCAACGCGUAGGCGGCCCCGAUCCCACAUAUCCUCUCACUAGCUCUCCGCUCUACUCUACUGACCGACGAUUAUCAGUGUAGAAUAUAAAUCGUUUGACUAAAAUAUUUUUUUAUCUUACAUUAUUCGACUUUAAUGCUAUGUCGAACGGUUUAUGCACGCCAAUUUUUCACUAAGUAAAAACUAGCUCACCAGCCUGAUGCGAUGUGAAAAUUGAAUAAGCUAAAAUAACAUUUUGCCUGUGAUUACAUACUGUAGUUAUUUAGCUUGGGUCAUGAGAUAGCUUUCUAGUUUCACCUGUUAACCCAGCUUUUGACUAUUGAAACAAGUAAACUUACUGAGCAUAUUGUACUAGACCGUCUUUAAUAUUUGAGUUUACUAAAAACAUUUAUUUUAAGUUGUUGAAUUGUUGUAACGUGUAGGUAUCAUUUUAUCUGUGUAAAAUGAAAGCGAAUUUAUAACCACAAGCUGUUAGAAUAUAGAUGUUAUGUGUCUGUGUAUCACCUCAAGUUGGUCGCGGCUGCGCGCAGUCGGAGAUGUCAUGGAGGAAGAGUGCAGGCAGAGCCCUCAUUCAUUUCAUUAUUGAGCAUGAAAUCAUAGGAUCUUAUUGCUAUCAAGCCAAACAUAUUAUGCAAAAGUUUUGCAAUAAAUUUUCUCCAGAAAAUAGUAAAAUGCAUUAUCAUCUAUCUACUGAAAAUAUCUUCUAGGCUUCCAGUAGUUACGUUUGUGAAUGAGGCGGCUCCAUCCAUGGUUUUUUCUAGAGAAUCUGUUAUAAUAUUUCGUGACUGAUACUGGCGAAGAACUAGUUGUCUUGUUGGAUAUCAAAUAGAAUGAAAAGCAAACAUUCUAAUGUUAAAUGAAUUAGUGAAUAACAGUAAAACUUACUUGUCAUGUCCAAUGAAAUUGUUCUCGUUAAAGUCAGUUAAAAAAAGCGAACCAAAUUCAAUGAAAGCAGCUCGGAAGUGCGAGUGCCGCGGAAGGUCAGAAUUUUCCAUGAUAUUUGUCGAUACGUAUUACGUAGUGUUUACUUAAUAAUUGUAUAAAACGUUUAUGUGGUGUAUAUUACUAUUGAAGAAAUUUUAAUUAUAGUUUAUUUAUGUGGAA